AUGGCCGGCGUCCACAGGCCCGGCAGCCCCGUCUCGGCGUCGGACUCGAGCACGCGGUUCACGCCCGCCGCCAGCAGCGGCAGCCCGGACAUGCGGCCCGAGGACUACGGGCCCGGGGCCCACGGCGGCGGCGCGAUACGGCGGUGGCAGGAUGGCCAGGCCGGGCACGAGGAGUACGAGAUGGACGAGUUCCGGCCCGAGGAUGAGGAGGACGAUGAUGAUGUAGCUGUGACUGACGACGAGGAUGAUGAGUCCGAUGACGAUGGUCAUGAUCACCAUGGGAGGAGUGGCGGCAGCAGCAGCAGAGGGAUGAUGACGCGCGGCCGCCGGAAGGGCGGGAGGAGCGUCGCUGCGGCGUCUGUCGCGACGGCUGAGAGCUUCGAGCUGUACACGCCGGACAUGGAGAGAGCGGUCGUGCGCAAGUUUGACCGGCGGCUGGUUGUCUUUGUGGCGCUGCUGUAUAUGCUGAGCUUUUUGGACCGGUCGAACAUCGGCAACGCCCGCAUCGCCGGCAUGGACGAGGACCUGCAGACCACGCCCGCCUGGCCCUCGUGGUACGACUGGUCCCUGACGUCCUUCUACAUCGCCUACAUCGCCUUUGAGUGGAUGUCGCUGCUGUGGCGGCUCAUCCCGGCCCACAUCUACGUCUCCAUGAUCGUGCUGUCCUGGGGCAUCACCGCCUCCCUGCAGGCCAUCGCCUCGUCGUACCCCAUGCUCGUCGCCCUGCGGUUCCUCCUCGGCAUCGGCGAGGCCGGGUUCACGGGCAUCCCGUUCUACCUGUCCUUCUUCUUCAAGAGACACGAGCUGGCCCUUCGGACGGCCAUCUUCAUAUCAGCCGCGCCACUAGCCACGACCUUCGCCUCCUCCCUGGCCUGGCUCAUCAUCAAGCUCGGCCAGGACGGGCCCAUCGCCCCCUGGCGCCUGCUCUUCCUCGUCGAGGGCUUCCCCUCGGUCGUCGUCGCCGCCAUAGCGUGGAACGUCAUCCCGGACUCCCCAGAGACGGCGCGCUACCUGACCAAGGAGGAGCGCAGGGUCGCCCGCCUGCGCAUGCGCCACGAGAAGCCCCCUUCCUCAUCCGCUGCCGCCUCCAAAAGGACCAGCAAGUCGUCCGGCGGCGGCAGCCGCCGCCGCCCGACCGCCGGGGCCGCGCUCCGCGACGCCCUCGCCGUCCUCGCCGACCCGGUGGCCUGGCUCACGGCCGCCAUGUUCUUCCUGACCAACAUGGCCUACGCCUCGCUGCCCGUCUUCCUGCCCACCAUCCUCACGCAGAUGGGCCACUCGGCCCUCACGGCCCAGGCCAUGGCCGCGCCCCCGUACCUGUCGGCCUUCCUCAUCGUCCUCGCCACGGCCCACGCCUCGGACCGCAUCCGGUCCCGGUCCCCGCUCGUCGCCGCCCACGCCCUCGCCUCGGCGGCGGGGUACGCCCUGCUCGCCUUCCUCCCCCCCUCGGCGGGCGGCGCGUACGACAUGGCGCGCUACCUGGCCGUGUACCCGGCCGCCGUGGGCUUCUUCAACGUCGUCGUCCUGCUCAUCGCCUGGACCAUCAACAACCAGGCCGGCGAGGGCCGCCGCGGCGGCGCCUUCGCCCUCUUCCAGCUCGUGGGCCAGUGCGGGCCCCUCGUCGGCACGAGGCUGUACCCGCUGUCCGAGGGGCCCCUGUACCUGCGCGGCAUGCGCGUCAUGGCGGGCGCCAUGCUGGGCGUCGCGCUGCUCGCCGGCGCGCUGCGGCUCUACCUCGUCCGGCUGAACGGGAAGCUCGACGACGCCGCGGCCGGGGGGUCGGGCAGCGGGCGCCCCGGCGAAGUGGGCGAGGCGGAGGAGGAGGAAGGGCUGGUGGGGAGGGGGAGGAAGAGGAGACGAGGAGAGGAGGAGGCGUUUCGGUACAUGCUCUGA